AGGUGGUGGACCCGCUGGUCCCGCCCCUCUAGCCCGCUACGCCGGCCCGCAGCUGCCGCUUCUCCCCCUUUCUCGCCCGCUUCUUCCCUCCCAGAGCAAGAGUGCCGCGGGUGGGGAGGCCAGCCGGUUCUUGUGCUUGUGAGAGGAAAACGCGGCAGGUGGCGGCGGCAGCAGCAGCAGCAGCAGCGAGCGGCCGGGUCAGCAAGGCCUCCCGGGCGUCCCGCCGCCCCAAUGGGCAGACGCGCCGGGGCGAGCCGCGGCGUCGGCGGCGUCUCACGUAGCCUUGUCAAGAUGGCCGCCUCUCCUCAGCGACCUGCGGAGGCGGCGGCGGCUGUUGUCGGGCUGGGGCCACGGAGGGACCGCUGAGGAGGGAGGCAGCCGGCCGGCGCCGCUCUCCCCGCCGUGGAGGGGAGGCGGAGGAGGCGAGAGCAGACCCCGCGGGCUGCGGCAGGGCGCGGACACACCAUGCGGCGGGGCUAGAGCCGGGGGCUUCCACCGCGAUCAAUGAUGUUAGCGGAGAUCAUUAGUAGUCCAUCUGUCGCAGUACUGACUGCUCUGACUGGCAGCGGCUUUGUGGAGUCUCUGACAGUGGUCUUUCCCAGCCUGCUAUCUGAAAUUCUUUAACUGGAGAUGCUGACCAGUCUUUCCAUAUGGGGAUGGGGAAGCCUUGGCGUUGUACUUUUUCUAAUAACAUUUGGACCAUUUGCUAUAUUUUACUUUGCAUUUUAUAUCCUCUGCUUUGUGGGUGGAGGCUUUGUGGUAACACUCUUGUUUGGAAAAACCAGUUCAGAGAAGUACCUCGAACAGUGUGAACACUCCUUUCUUCCUCCAACAUCAUUUGGGAUUUCUAAGUGCAUAGAAGAAAUGAAAAAGGAAAGCGAGCCUCUUAAAAUUGAUAGGAGACUGACCGGUGCCUAUAUAAUUGAUGAACCUUUACAGCAAAUUAUCCAGUUCUCCCUGAGAGACUAUGUUCAAUAUUGGUAUUACACACUAAGUGAUGAUGAGUCUUUUCUUCUUGAAAUCAGGCAGGCUCUACAAAAUGCACUAAUUCAAUUUUCUGCUAGGUCAAAAGAAAUAGAUUGGCAGCCUUAUUUCACCACUCGACUUGUAGAUGAUUUUGCAACUCACCUUAGAGUAUUCAGAAAAGCUCAGCAAAGGAUAAUGGAAAAAGAUGAUCAGAUGAAAGAUACAGCAGAAGAUCUUGUAAAUACAUUUUUUGAAGUUGAAGUUGAAAUGGAAAAGGAAAUGUGUCGUGAUCUAGUCUGCACAUCUCCCAAAGAUGAAGAAGGAUUCCUAAGGGAUCUAUGUGAAGCUUUACUGUACGUAUUGCUACCUCCUGGAGACUUCCAGAACAAGAUCAUGAGAUAUUUUGUCAGGGAAAUCCUCGCUCGAGGAAUUCUUCUUCCAUUAAUAAAUCAGCUCAGUGAUCCUGAUUAUAUUAAUCAGUAUGUCAUAUGGAUGAUUCGUGAUUCAAUUUGCAACUAUGAGGCCUUUAUGAACAUUAUUAAAGUAAGUGACAAAGUAGGGGAGUUGGAAGCAGUGAGGGAUAAAGCAGCAGAAGAACUGCAAUAUCUUCGAUCCUUAGAUACAGCUGGAGAUGAUAUCAACGCUAUAAAAAAUCAAAUAAAUAGUUUAUUGUUUGUGAAGAAAGUAUGUGAUUCAAGAAUACUGCGGCUACGGUCAGGAAAAGAAAUAGAUACUGUGAAACUGGCUGCAAACUUUGGAAAACUUUGCACAGUCCCUUUGGACGACAUUCUAGUAAACAAUGUUGCACUACAAUUUUUUAUAGAUUACAUGCAGCAGAUGGGAGGCCAAGCGCACCUCUUUUUCUGGAUGACAGUAGAAGGAUACAGGGUUACAGCACAGCAACAGCUGGAAGUGCUACUGAGCCAUGAGAAAGACGGAAGGCAUCAGACGAUUCAAACCAAAAUCUUGUUACAAACAGCGGCAGUUGGAAUCUAUGAGCAGUACUUAUCGGAGAAGGCAUCUCCAAGAGUUAAUAUUGAUGACAUCUUGGUAGCAAAACUGGCAGAAAAACUGAAUAAUGAGAAUCCAACCCCUGAAAUCUUUGAUGAGAUUCAGAGAAAGGUGUAUGACUUGAUGCUGCGAGACGAAAGGUUCUAUCCUUCCUUCAAACAGCAUGCCCUCUAUGUGCGAAUGCUUGCUGAGUUAGAUAUGCUAAAAGAUCCUAGUUUCAGAGGAUCUGAUGAUGGUGAAGGAGAAUCCUUUAAUGGGUCCCCUACAGGCAGCAUUAAUUUAUCACUGGAUGACCUUUCAAGUGUGUCUUCUGAUGAAUCCAUCCAACUACAUGCGUAUAUUUCAGAUACUGUCUAUGCUGACUAUGAUCCAUAUGCCGUGGCAGGAGUUUGUAAUGACCAUGGCAAGACGUACGCGCUAUACGCUAUCACUGUUCGCCGCCGAACUCCAAGUGGUGAAGAAGCAUGGAAGACAUAUCGUCGCUACAGUGAUUUCCAUGAUUUCCACAUGAGGAUCACUGAACAGUUCGAAAACCUAGCAAGUAUAUUGAAGCUUCCUGGUAAAAAAACAUUCAAUAACAUGGAUAGAGAUUUUUUAGAAAAAAGGAAGAAAGAUUUAAAUGCAUACUUGCAGCUUUUGCUAAAUUCUGAAAUGAUGAAAGCUUACCCGGCUUUAGUACAUUGUGUGUAUGACUUCUUGGAAAAUAAGGCCUACAGUAAAGGGAAGGGAGAUUUUGCUAGGAAGAUGGACACAUUUGUAAACCCACUGCGUAACUCUAUGAGAAAUGUUUCAAAUGCUGUCAAGUCCUUCCCUGACAGCUUGGCAGAGGGGAUGACAAAAAUGUCAGACAACAUGGGCAAAAUGUCAGAAAGAUUGGGACAAGACUUAAAGCAAUCAUUUUUCAAGGAGCCUCCUUUAAUGGAGAAGACAUUCGUUGAUCCUAAACACUGCCGGGUUGCAGCACACCUUGAUGACAACGUGGAUGACAAUAUUCCUCUUAGGAUAAUGCUGCUGCUCAUGGAUGAAGUCUUUGAUCUGAAGGAGAGAAAUCAGUGGUUACGACGAAAUAUAAAAAACUUACUUCAGCAGCUUAUUAGAGCAAUGCGUGGAUAUACAAUAAAUAAAAAAAUAGUUGAUCAUGUUGAUUGGAUGACAUCUCCUGAACAAGUAGCAGAUGCAGUAAAGCGGUUCAGAGAUGCCCUUUGGCCGAAUGGCAUUUUAGCAGAGGCUGUUCCACGCAGAGACAAUGCCAUCAGAAUGCGAACAAGAAUUGCUGGGAAAACAAAAUUACUGGGGAUAAUGCCAGAUGAGUUGAAGCAUAUCCUUGGUGCUGAGACAACAAGGAAAGGCAUUCUCCGGGUCUUCGAGAUGUUUCAGCAUACCCAACUAAAUAAAAGAAUGGUGUAUGUCUUUCUAGAGGGCUUCUUGGAAAACGUAUUUCAACAAUAUAAAUUCCAUGAGCUGUUCAACAAACUGCAUUCAUGCUCAAAGCAGAUGCAGCGAUACAAGCAUAGACUACAACCUACGCAAGCGCCUUCUUCACAGAAAAGGUGACACUCCAAACUAUUCCAUUGGUGUCCAUUUGUCCAGGACUUGGGCAGAUUCUCUGGGGCUGUUAUUUCUCAUGCUGUUAUUUCUGCACCAGUCUUUUAGUGUCACAUAUUAGAUUAUUAUUGCAUCCAUAAGAGAUGUGGUUCUACUCAUUCUUCAUCUAUAAUGGCAACCACUACCAUGAACUGAGUUCAUGUGUCUUAAAUGAUUUGGUGCAUCUUCAUGCAACACUGAGAAGAAUACUGGCCUGCUCUGUAAGAAUGUUCGUUCCACUCCUGACCGAAUCUAUGAUUGCCAGCAACGAAAAGUGCUAGACGGUGUCCACUGAGAGAAGAGAAAAGCACAACUUUGGUGACAGCAAUGGAGGACUUUGCUGCUUUGCUUGGAGAUUGUGCAAUGUGAGAAUCAGGUGCGAUUUGAUUUGCAUUAUGACUGUUGAGACCUUGUGGGUCUUGAUGAGCAGCUGUAAGCUAGCAGGAAGAGAAGUCUUUUGGAAUAGAUCAUUCUGAAAAAUAGUGCUAUAUUUUCCCAAGAACUAAUUUGCUAACUAAAGGUUGAGAUAAUAUGGUGCAAAAACCGUGUUAACUUUACCUUUGUGAAUUCAAGAAAUAAACUAAGCAAAUUAUCUUUGUUCGGUUUAUUAUUCUAUGGAGUAAGGCAGAAAUACAGGGAAGAUAGACAUGGGUUUGAAUUAGCCUCUUUAGAGAUCUUGUUUUGCUCUUAAAUUUACAGAUCUUGUGGUCCAUGUAUAAUUUUAAAGGAAUAAUUUAUAAUAGUCACAGUGAAGGGAACAGAUGUUGCCACGUUUGUUUUUUAGGAGUUUGGGGGAAGAAGCAAAGAACAGAAGCAAAAUUAAAAUGCAGUUCUCUUGACCUUAAGAACCUUUUUCCAAAGGAUUGUGCUAUAUGCCAUUAGAAGUCACCUUAUAAGUAUGUUCACUUCAAGUGUAAAAUUGCUAAAAUGACUUUUCUUACUGACAUGGAAGUCUUCUAGACUUCAUUGAACAGACAUAUGCAAACAAUUGCAAAUUCCUGAAUGCACCAUAGUGUAUAUAUGAAAAUAAGAGACACAAUUACAAUAUAUUUUUAAAUAACAAUCUCUUUUAUUUUUUGCAUAAUGUAAAAUUUUAAUAAAUAAAACCUCUUCUACACAAAAGCC